AUGGCUUCCUCAUCAACGCCCGUUACCCCUUUGCUUUACUCGUGCAUAGCACACAACAACACUAUCCUCAGCGAAUGCACGACAUCCGCCUCGUCGCAAACCUCAUCCCUCGCCUCCAUCAUCCUCCCCAAGAUCGAUCACAGCAGCCCCCAGAAGCUGACCUAUACACACGGUACGCACCACAUUCACUACAUCGCCGAGGCACCUUCGGAUCACCCAGACCACCCUUCCGCCGGCGGGCUCACCUUCCUCGUCAUCGCGGAUGCCUCACUGGGCCGCCGCAUCCCCUUCGGUUUCCUCUUCGAGAUCCGCCGCCGCUUCCUCGAGCAGUUCCCCGCCGAGUCGACCGAUUAUGCCGAGCUACCCAACUACGGCGCCGCCAGUUACAAUGGCCAACUAAAGAAGUUCAUGGUCGACUACGGCACCACGAACGGCGGCAAGGACGACGCCAUCUCCAACGUCCAGCGUGAGAUUGAUGACGUCCGUGGCAUCAUGACGCGCAACAUCGAGGGCCUGCUUGAGCGCGGCGAGCGCAUUGACCUGCUCGUCGACAAGACGGAUCGUCUCGGCGGCAGCGCCCGCGAGUUCCGCGUCCGCAGCCGUGGCCUGAAGCGCAAGAUGUGGUGGAAGAACGUCAAGCUCAUGGCGUUGCUCACGCUGGUCGUCGUGCUGAUUAUCCUUGCGAUUGUGGUUGCGGUGAAGAACUGA